AUGCCUCCGAUAUCCUCUCAGCGGCGCGCCGUGACCGAAGAGACCUACUCUCUCUCAGAUGAUGAUGUCGGUUUCCUCUACCAAGUUGUCAGUCGCGCCGAGGGGAAACCCGAGGUCGAGCAACUCCCAUUCCGAGCGCUUUUCGCGGCAUACGACGAAGUUAUCAAGGAACAUGGUAUCAAUGCAGAUCCGGGCCAUGCGUGCCUGCGCUUCCUGUUCAGAAUGGGAAGUAAAGGUGUCCAGGGACCUAGCCUCUUCGAUAAGUUCGAGAAUGCGCUGCAACAGAUGGGAAUUGUGAUGUGGUUUGGAGAGGAUGUCUCUACGGAGCUAAAUGAAACGAUAGAGAGUCAGCACUAUUCGGUCGACGGCGCGAACAGCCAUGCCACAGAUACCGACUACUUUCCUACCGCGAAUGGAACACCAAUCACUCCAAGGAGACGGGCGUCAUUCAAUACUACACUUGAUAUCGGCGAGGAUGCGACGCAAAGAAGCCUGAUUGGGCGACCGAGCUCUCGCUCAUCAAUGUCACGUCUACAAGUCGGAAAACCCGACUUCUCGAAGCCGAACCUGUUACCGAAUCCCAAACUUCCGAACGGCACACCGAAAUCACCAGAUCGAACCCACUUGAUUGCGCAGUUUUUGGAUGUCGGGCGCCGCUUGAUCAGCAGACUUGACGCUGCACAGCACAAGGAUGUGGACAAAGAAGGAAAGCCAUUGACCAACGGAGUGGUGGCGCGCUCCGCGGUUGACCGUGAUCGUUCGAAGAGAAUGACAGCUGCCAAAAAGCCCCGACGAUCACCUUCCGUAAGCUUUUCAGACGGGUUCGAGUCGAGCGAAUCACAAUCGGUCUCAUCACAGCCUUCGGAGCAUGAUGAUUUUGAAAAAGAAGAGGCACCACCAGAGCUUCUUUAUCGACCUCAACUCUCGGAUUUACUUCGAGAUGCAUCUACCUUCAACAUGUACCGCCAGCGAGCAAUCUGCCGCCGUAUCUUGACUCAAUGGCUGAAGCGAGCCUUUCGGAAUCGACAAAUCCGUGAAACCAGAGAAUCCGUUGCGAUCAAUCAUGAUCGACUUACCCUACUCCGACAAGCAUUUGAGCCAUGGCGCGCAACCAUCCAAGAAAAGCGCCACACGGCGAGAACCGAACGUUUUUUCAAACAUCUCGAGGAACGGGCUAAUCGCGCUCGUGAUUUGUACCUCAUGACGAAAGCAUUCACCCAUUGGGCUCAACUCACAUCUGAAGAGGUCGCCCGUACAUCCGCUGCUCGCCAGCAUGUUUUAAGUGUCAAGUACUUCAACGCCUGGCGUGAAAUCACAGCAGUCAAUGAGUUGAAGGCGCAGCGUUUCGCACUCCAAAAGCCUUUCAACAAAUGGCGAAAGAAGAUCUCGGAUCUCAAGACAGCGGAAUCGCAAGCGGUCGCAGUUCACAACAGUAAUCUACGAGACGCCUCAUAUUGGCAAUGGUUCUGGUGUUUCUGUGAUCGACGGGCUCCCGAGUGGUACGAUCAUCGUCUUAAAAGACGCUCCCUUCUAUACUGGCUGCGAAGUUUCCGGACCAAUCGAGAGCGCGACCAUGAAAUCAACAUUCAUAACAGACGCUCAGUGCUGGGCCUCGCGCUUCAAGUAUGGUCUCAAAGAUCGAAGGAUAUUGCCUCUGCACAACAUAAAGCCGAUUAUUCCCAGUAUAUUCAGGCUUUGAGAAAGACGUUUGAUGAAUGGAAGAUUCAGGCUCGGCUGGCUCCUGCUGCUUCUCGAGUAUCUGGCAUGGUGAACAGCAGAAUGCUUCAAAACGCCUUUUCGAAAUGGGGUAUCAAGGCUCGCAUGGCAGAUCAAGCAGAGCAGAUGAACCGACUCAGAGCCGAACGCAAUGCAUGGACGUCCUGGAAAGAUACCCUUCGUUGUCUGGCACUUCGUGCUCGGAUCGAUGAGCGGGUAAAGAUGGAGACCAUGUACAAGUGGAUUUUGGCGGAGAGAUUCCAGUUGAUGCGCAGGAUACACGAGCAACGUAUCAAGCGUGAGGUGUUUACUCGCUUUGUGACGAACACCCGAGAUACAUACACACGAUUACUGUUUCAUGCGGAGAUUCACGAAGACCAUCGGUCCGAGGACUUGUUACGGUCUAAAUUCGCACUCUGGCAGGAACAAGUGCAGCUUCAGCGUGAGCGUGAAUAUGCAGCAUUUGAAUUCUAUGCCCCACACCUGGCUCAGGAGUCUCUAAUGGCUUGGAGAUCCAAACACCAGCAAAUAACCAAGAUGGAGGCGUGGGCUCGCGACGCAGACUUUUACUUUUUGAUGAAAAAGUCGCUCAAGCGUUGGCAAAAAGCAACAGUGGACUCUGCCAAGAGACGGCGACAGGAAGCUUAUGCGAAGAUCCGACGGAAGAUCAAGAUAAAUCUAGCUUCCAAGGCGUUCUCAACUUGGUCAAACCAGACCCAAAGUAUCCUGAACAUGGAGCAACAAGCAGCAGCUAUGGACCGUGACAAAAUGCUCCGCCUCGUCUCCGAGCUUUACGCUCGUUGGCACGAGAAAACGCUCCAGAGAGCCCAGGAUUGCCAAGAUGCCGAUUGGAACUACUUCCGCGAAAUCGCCUUCAACCAGCUGAUCCAAAUGUCCGAGACUUAUGUGAUCCGUCGUGAAAUGGAAGACACUGCAGACUCGAUGUAUCGAUCGCAUGUUCUGCGCAACGCGGGUGCUGCACUUCGCAAACUCAGUCUCCGUGUCUUCCAGAUGAGAAACACAGCUGAGACUGCGGAAGCGAUGCGUGAAAGAAGCCUUCGGAGACAUUCGAGAAACCUGUUCCGUCUCUGGUUGGAAAAUGCACGGCUUAAACUUGAGGCUCGAGAUUCGCCAGGCCCUGCUAUGACGCCCGCUAGAUUCUCAAAUUUCGGAGCCGUGGAUGACGGAUCGGCCCUGUUCGACCCUUGGUAUCAUAAUCCAUCUGAGACUCCCUUUAAACUCACCGACUUCACGACGACUUCACAAAACCCGGCCUCUGCAACUCCGUUGACCACACCAAACUACAUGACCUCACCAUCCAAGCGUGCAGCUCGUGCCCGAGCACUGGCGCAGAUGUCUACCACCCCUUCCACCCCUCUCCAUACACCAUUUGCUCAUCGACUCCUCCGUGCCUCGGCCUCAACCUCUCAAAUAGCGUCUUCCACCCGACCGCGUACCGGUCGCAGAAGCUCGAUGGGCACCAGCGUUCGGUUCGUAGACGAGGAGCUCCCGGAGUCUCCCACGGACGGCCGACAAUCAGGGAACCGACGGCCUUAA